GGACCAGAUCCUACGCCCGUUGGUUUAACCGUUAAUAUAACAGUUUUAGACUUUUAGUCAUCAGAAACUUGUAUUCUUUGCUCUUCCGCUCCCUCCCAUAUCAAAUAUAGCUUUCAGAAACUCUCUUCUUCUCCUUCAAUCCAUACUUCUAGUGCUUCAAUCACCACUGGAGGAGUAAGUUUGGAGAACUUUGAAGAUCAAAAAAUUGAAGGAAGUGAACCCAUUAUUAAUCCAACACAAGGUGUAAAAAUGGAGAGUAGCAAUUCCAGCAAUGAAUCGAAGAACAAGGAAUGGCGAGCUGAAGAAACCAUUGCCGGGAAUUGUGAGGCACUCCAAGCUCUCAGGGAACUCAUUGCUUUUCCUCUUCUUUACUCGAGUCAUGCUCAACGUCUUGGUCUCAAAUGGCGUCAUGGAUUGCUCCUUUAUGGUCCUCCUGGCACUGGUAAGACGAGCUUAGUUCGUGCAGUGGUCAAGGAAUGUGAUGCCAAGCUAACCGUUAUUAGUCCUCAUACUGUCCAUAGAGCGCAUGUCGGAGAAAGUGAGAAAGCCCUUCGUGAGGCUUUCAUGGAGGCAUCAUCUCACGCAAUGUCAGGCAAGCCUUCUGUCAUAUUUAUUGAUGAGAUUGAUGCUCUAUGUCUACAUCGUACAUCGAGAAGAGAACAGGAUGCUCGGUUGGCCUCCCAACUUUUUACACUUAUGGAUUCAAAUCAACCCACAUCUAACGCACCCCAGUUUGUUGUGGUAGCAUCAACUAACAGGAUCGAUGCUAUAGACCCAGCGCUGAGAAGAUCAGGACGUUUUGAUGCUGAAAUUGAGGUGACAACUCCUAAUGAACUUGAGCGCCUUCAAAUACUUAUGUUGUAUACCAAGAAACUUCCUCUUGACCCUGAUAUUGACCUACAAGCAGUAGCUGCAUCAUGUAAUGGAUAUGUUGGGGCUGAUUUAGAAGCUUUGUGUCGUGAGGCCGCCAUGUCUGCUAUACAGAGAUCAAAUGCUGUUGCGAAAAAGGAUGGUGUGUGGUUCAUCACAAUUGAUGACUGGAUGCUUGCAAAAUCUUGUGUUGGACCAAGCAUAACUAGAGGUGUGACGGUAGAAAUACCUAAAGUAUCUUGGGAUGAUAUUGGUGGACUAAAUGAUUUGAAGAACAAGCUUCGGCAGGCAGUUGAGUGGCCUAUUAAACAUGCUGAUGUUUUUUCAAGGAUGGGUGUAUCUCCACUUAGAGGGAUCCUUCUGCAUGGACCUCCUGGAUGCUCAAAAACCACCCUUGCUAAAGCUGCAGCUCAUGCAGCACAAGCUUCCUUUUUCUCUUUGAGUGGUGCGGAAUUAUAUUCAAUGUAUGUCGGAGAGGGUGAGGCUUUGUUGCGGAACACAUUUCGGAGAGCAAGGCUAGCAGCACCAAGCAUUCUAUUCUUCGAUGAAGCAGAUGUCAUUGCUGCAAGGAGAGGUGGGAGUUCAAGUAGCAACAUAUCAGUUGGAGAGAGGCUUUUAUCUACAUUGCUGACUGAAAUGGAUGGUUUGGAGCUAGCAAAAGGAAUACUAGUAUUAGCUGCUACUAAUCGACCUCAUGCGAUUGAUCCUGCACUUAUGCGCCCUGGACGCUUUGAUUUAGUACUUUAUGUACCUCCUCCGGAUUUGGAAGCACGAAGUGAGAUAAUACAAGUUCAUACGAGAAAUAUGAAGCUGGGGUCUGAUGUCAAUCUUCAUCAAAUAGCUGAGGACACUGAUCAUUUUACUGGGGCCGAGUUGGAGGGCCUUUGCAGAGAAGCUGGAAUUGUAGCAUUAAGGGAGGACAUAUCAGCAACUGUUGUGAGUGAUCGACAUUUCCAGAAAGUGAUGAAUUCACUUAAACCCGCAUUAACUAGGGAAGAAAUCGAUUCAUACUCUAGUUUCAUGAAAAAAUCGGCUUCACAAUUUCAUCAAAUUCAGUGUAAUACUGAAGUCCUUGACAAAACUACUACAAAGCACUAUUUUCCGAUGGGUACAGUCACCUUCGGUGUUUUAGGCUUGUUGGUAGCCACUGCUGCAAAGUAUGUCCCUUGGUGUAUAGACCGAAGUUCAUCUAAAACAACGGCUACUUGAAGGCGAGAAAUCAAACAUAGCGUUCGUCAUGCGUAUCCCUCCUAUUCCCUUCACUCCGUUCCCUAUUGUUAUCCGAAGAAAAUGCAUUCUCUUUAUUUAUUCACUAAUUCUUUAUUAAGACGGUCUCAUCAUGAGAUGGCCUCAAUUGGAUCAGCCCAAACUCUUAAAAACUGUUGCCUUAUACAAUUUAAAUUUUAUUGUUUUUUAAUGUUUUAUCACUGAUGGGCUGCUUAUAUGAGCUUGUUUCACGGUGAGAUGGUCAGAUACAAGACUUGUUUAUUUAUUUACUUAUUUUGCAGUAACAUUGAUAUUAUUUUUCAGCUUAGUAGAAGAAUUAGAUUAUGGUGUCAUUAGGUGAGAAAUCAAAAUAGAAGUUACCAGAAGUUACUGUACAUCUUGUGUAUUUUUUUUAUCUACUUCCAUUAGUAUUUUUUUUUUCUUGAAUUCAUUUAUAUUGUGUUUAGGAAUGGGCAUUUGAUUUUUAAA